CUUUUCUUAAAUAAAAAAAUGUUUCCCCAUUCGCUGCUACAGGCCGCUUCUUCUUUUGCUGCUAACAACACGUGUUCGGUGCCACAAUCAGGUUCUUCAUCAUCCUCUUCAUCUGAAUCUCCAAGGUCACAACAUCAUCAACAACAUCACCAUCAACAGCAGCAACAACAACAUCACCAUAAUAAUAAACAAAGACAACAAGCAAUGUCUGCUGCUGAAGCUUUGCAAGCACAACUUUUGGAGCAUCAACAACAGCAACAGCAACUUGCUGCAGCAGUUGGACAAUUAAGUGGAGGUAGCAGUGUUAUUAGUAGCAGCAUUGGUCAAUCAGCAUCUUCUGUUGAUGAAGCCGUUGUUUGUAGUUCCUCGGGUACAGGUGGUGGUGGCGGUGAUGGAAAUCAAAGAGAACCAAAACCAUUUAAAUGUCCUCAUUGUCCAAAAGCUUUUGCUAAUAAUUCUUAUUUGAGUCAACAUAUGCGAAUUCAUUUGGGUAUUCGAGCUUUUGGUCCAUGCCAAUUUUGUGGAAAGAAGUUAUCGAAUUUACAAUCCCAUUCUCGUUGUCAUCAAUCUGAUAGACCAUACAAGUGCAACAGUUGUUACAAAUGUUUUGCUGACGAACAAACACUUCUUGAACAUAUUCCACGACAUAAGGAGAGCAAGCAUCUUAAGGCAAGUGCGAAGGUUCAUAUUUGCCCAUUUUGUGGAAAAUCUUAUUCACAAGCCCUCUACCUUGACAAACAUAUGACUAAACAUACUGAUCGUAGGAGUGAUAUGCGAUUUCCAAAAAACGUUGGAAAUGUUGGUUAUUGUUCAUCUUCAAAUGGUUCUACAACAGCAGCUGCUGCGCAGCAACUGGCAGCUGCAGCAGGGAAUGCUGCAAUGAUGGCUGUUUCUGGUUUAGAUUCUGCUUUUGAUCCUUUUGAUGGGCUUGGACAACAUUUGGGUCAAUUAGGUUGUGGUAGUGGUGGAAAUCAAAAUAAUAAUAGUACUGCAAAUGCUGCUGAUCAACAACAGCAGCAACAAGAUUUUUCGCUUAUAGCCGAGCAAUUCCAAAUGGCAGCAGCUAAUGCAAUGCAGCAACAGCAACAACAACAUUCUGCUCAACAACAACAACAAUCACAACAGCAACAACAACAACAAUUAGCAGCAAGUACAGCAGCAGCUUUAAGUUCAUAUGGAUGCUAUCCAUUUUCAGGAGGUACUAGUAGUAGUAGUAGUGGUGGAAAUGCUGGGAACGGUGGGUGGUAA